AUGGUCCUUCAGUGACAUUCAGGAAAUGGACAUUGAGUGGGUAAUCUCAUCCGUGUUUAGCCACACGAUGUUUGUAAUACUAUCUGUAAUACUAUCUACUAUCGUGUACAAAGAAACAAAAGGACAAAGCCCUUAAUGUGUAAAAAGGAGCAAUUAUUGUAGUUUAUCUUGUAUCUUUUCUAUUCUAAUUAAAUAUAUUUGCAGAAUUUUAUAGCUAUAAAUGGUUACAUUUUAAAGAAUAUCAUUACCUCUUUCAUGGGAUAUGAAAAUAGCUUUGUUAAGCACUUUACUACCGUAUCUCUUAAUCUAGAUUAAGCUUUUAAGACAUGAAACAAAAGCAUCACUGAUUCCCCCCCCUUCAAAUACAUGUCAUAGCAGUAUGUAUGUAGUACAUAAAUACCAGUGUAUCUUUGAAAUAUAUAUUUAUCUCCUUUUUACUUGAUAGAGUUGCAUGCACAAAAAAAUAGUAGUCCCAUCUUUAGUAGUGUUGUAUUUCUUUGGUAGAUAUUUAUUAUUGUCUACAAGGAGUUUGGGGAUGUUUUUCUUCAGGGUUUUGUCUGGGUAUUUGGUCUUUUGAGUAGUUGCUGAAGUUUUCAACUAUCUUGUUUAACUUAGGCCUUCCUUACACAUGAAUGCCAGAAAUUUUGAAAUCUCUGCAUGUUACUGGUAGUUUCUCUUCUCUUCAGCUACCCAAGCAGUUGAAUGAAUUUUAGGAGUCACAAAGGAGUGUUGAAUUUCACGAAAGAGGAAAGAAUCAUAAGGAAAAUGUGGCAAAGAGGAUCAGUGAGAUUAAACAGAAAAGCCUGGAUAAGGCAAAGGAAGAAGAAAAGGCAUCAAAGGAGUUUGCCGCAAUGGAGGCAGCUGCCCUGAAAGCCUACCAAGAGGAUUUGAAAAGACUUGGCUUAGAGUCAGAAAUUUCAGAGCCAAGCAUAUCACCAGUAACAAGUACUGUCCCGCCAACCUCUGCAUCAAAUCAGCAGAAGGAAAAGAAGAAGAGGAAAAAAGACCCUUCAAAGGGAAGAUGGGUAGAAGGCAUAACCUCUGAGGGUUACCAUUACUAUUAUGAUCUCAUCACAGGAGCAUCCCAGUGGGAGAGACCUGAAGGAUUUCAAGGAAACUUAAAAAAGACAGCAGGGAAGACUGUUUGGGUAGAAGGUUUAAGCGAAGAUGGUUAUACCUACUAUUAUAAUACAGAAACAGGAGAAUCCAGAUGGGAAAAACCUGAUGAUUUCAUUCCACAUUCUGGCGACCUGCUUUCUAGUAAAGUCAAUGAAAAGUCACUUGAUACCCUAGAAGAGUCCAAAUCAUCAGAUUCUCAUAGUGAUUCUGAUGGGGAGCAGGAAGCAGAAAAAGGAGAGGCCUCUACAGAAACACAAAAGCCAAAAAUAAAGUUUAAGGAAAAAAAUAAAAAUAGUGACAAAGGAACUGAACCAGAAACACAGAAAGAAAAAACUAUCCAAGAGCAAAAUUCAUCAGGUCCAAAUGAAGAAAAAUCCAAAGCUCCUAAAAAAUCAAACCCAUAUGGAGAAUGGCAAGAAAUUAAACAAGAAGUUGAGUCUCAUGAGGAGGUAGAUUUUGAACUUCCAUGCACUGAAAAUGAGUGUGUAUCAACUUCAGAACCUGAUAUUGGUGGACAAUCUAAAAUGGUAUUUAAAGAAAAAACAGUCACUUCUCUUGGAAUCGUGGCAGAUGGAGUGGCCCCAGUCUUUAAAAAGAGAAGAAUUGAAAAUGGAAAAUCUAGAAAUUUAAGGCAACGAGGUGAUGAUCAGUAAUUGCAAAAGAGCUUUUUGUACCUGCUUUUCAGACCGCAUGGAGACUAUACAUCUUGAAGCUCCUCUGUGUUUGUUUAAAUGCUAAAAAUUUAGAUUUAUUCUAAAUGUAUUUUCUGUGAAUCUAAAAUAAAUCUUUUUUCAUGUGAAACUUA